AUGGCUGCGAUCAAGGCUCUCAACCCGAAGGCCGAAGUUGCCAGGGCCGCACAGGCCUUGGCCGUCAAUAUCUCCGCAGCUAGAGGUCUCCAAGACGUUCUCAAGUCUAACCUUGGACCGAAGGGCACCAUGAAGAUGUUGGUGUCAGGUGCAGGUGAUAUCAAGCUGACCAAAGAUGGCAAUGUGCUGCUGCAUGAAAUGCAAAUCCAGCACCCGACUGCGUCGCUGAUCGCGAGAGUCGCGACAGCACAGGAUGACAUCACCGGUGACGGGACCACCUCCACUGUCCUCAUCAUAGGAGAGCUGCUGAAACAAGCCGACCUCUACAUCUCUGAGGGUCUGCAUCCUAGACUGGUAGUUGAAGGGUUCGAGUUGUCCAAGACAAAGGCCCUGGAGGUGUUGGACCAGGUGAAGGUACAGCAGGACAUGAACAGGGAGAUCCUCAUCAACGUGGCCAGAACUUCCCUCAGGACCAAAGUACACGAGGACCUGGCCGAUCACCUGACAGAGUGCAUAGUUGAUGCCGUCCUUGCUAUAAGAAAGGAAGGAGAACCCCUGGACCUUCACAUGGUGGAGAUUAUGGAGAUGCAGCACAAGACUGACUCCGACACACAGUUGGUUCGCGGUCUGGUGAUGGACCACGGCGGUCGCCAUCCCGACAUGCCCAAGAGGGUGGAGGACGCCUACAUCUUCACGUGUAACGUGUCCAUGGAGUACGAGAAAACCGAAGUGAAUUCCGGGUUCUUCUACAAGAGCGCGGCUGAGCGCGAGAAGCUGGUUCUGGCAGAGCGGAAGUACGUCCUGGAGAGAGUGCAGAAGGUCAUUGACCUGAAGAAGAAAGUCUGUGAGGGAAACAACAAGGGCUUCGUGCUCAUCAACCAGAAGGGCAUCGACCCCUUCUCCCUGGACAUGCUGGCUAAGGAAGGCAUCAUGGCGCUGAGGAGAGCCAAGCGGAGGAACAUGGAGCGCCUGUCGCUCGCCUGCGGAGGUAUGGCCAUGAACGACGUCAACGACCUGACCGCGGACUGUCUCGGAGAGGCCGGGCUCGUCUACGAACACGUGCUGGGUGAGGCUAAGUUCACGUUUGUGGAGGAGUGUGCGAACCCGAGGUCAGUGACCCUGCUGGUGAAGGGACCCAACAAACACACCCUCAACCAGAUCAAGGACGCCAUCCACGACGGACUCAGGGCCGUCAAGAACGCCAUCGAGGACGGUUGUGUGGUACCAGGAGCUGGAGCGUUUGAAGUUGCCUGCCAUUCUGCACUGUCGGAAUAUGCCAAGACCGUGAAGGGUCGCGCCAGGCUCGGGGUCCAGGCUUUCGCUGAUGCCCUGCUUGUCAUUCCUAAGGUCCUAGCCCAGAACUCCGGCCAGGACCCCCAGGACACCAUGGUGAAACUACAGCAGGAGUACGCAGAGGCAGGCAUGCCGGUGGGCUUCGACAUCUCAACAGGUGAGGCGAUAAAUGCAGGUGACGCUGGGAUCUGGGACAACCACUGUGUGAAGAAGCAGAUUAUCAACUCCUGCACGGUGAUAGCCUCCAACCUGCUACUGGUGGAUGAGAUCAUGAGAGCUGGCAUGUCCUCACUCAAGAAGGGCUCCUAACCACCGCGGGCCGGCUACUGUAGUGUCAGAUCAAUGUGUGCACCUAGAUAGACUUUUAUAUAUCAUAUUCUCAAUUGGAAUUUGGACACGAAAGCUGCAUACCGUGCCAUGUUACCAUCUGUUUGUUAUGUAGUAAAAUGAUUUGAAUGCCAAGGUCCAGUGUUCUAGCCAGUGUCUGUCUUGUUGAAAUUUUGCCACUUAUGAUGUACAAAAGUUUUGCCCUGUCUGUCAU